AUGGGGAAACAGCCAGCCGUAAUCUUCGUCGUCCGUCAUGGUGCACGCCUUGACCAGGCCGAUAGGAAUUGGGCAGCCACUGCCGAAGCUCCUUACGACCCUCCUCUAUCCUAUGGCGGUUGGAUUCAGUGCCAGUCUUUGGGCCUGAGGAUCAACAACGAACUGCAUAACCUCGACAAACAACCCCGGCCCCAAAAUGAUGGCAAGGAGGAUGGAGCGAAGGAAAGCCAACCUCGCAAGAGGCGGAAGAUCAUUAUCCACAGUUCGCCAUAUCUGCGAUGUGUCCAGUCUUCGAUUGCAAUAGCCGCUGGCAUGCAACAUCCUCAAAACCAUUCUCGACCACGCAUGAAGUCGCGCCAGCUCUCGACCCGCUCUAACAUUUCGCCCAUGGAUGAGGCGCAGGGUGCCGCUUUGGAAUCGGGCGACGGUGAUCCUGCGCCUCUCGAGCGUGUGGCAAGCAAAGAUAAAGGACACACGAAUCGUCUUGGUUACAAUACCUGCAAGUUGCGCAUUGAUGCAUUCUUAGGGGAAUGGCAGACUGCUAGUUAUUUCGACGAGGGCUCUGCACCUCCGCCUUCCGCCGUUCUUGUCUCACAGGCCAAAAUGAGCUUACAGAAGCCACAAGAAGAGAUCAAAGGGGCCGAUCUAUCGGGCUCCCUAGCCUUCAAUCUCCCACCGAUUGAGGUGGAAGAGGGGCAGUCUGACAUCACGUCCAUGCCAGUCCAUGAAAAGACGGGUUUGCGGGCCAUGGCAGCCGUUGGCCAUUCUCUUCCGAAGCGACCACGCAACAUCUCAUUUGGGACCGAGUUGGCAAAUGGUGCUCGGAUAUUGAACAGAGCUCUGCAGGGACCCAUGGGGUACAGCCCUCCCAUGCCGAACUAUGCAAUUGGGUCCUCGGACAAAAUCCCCCCCGGUUUUGUCGCCCAUGCGCGAGAUGCCUGUGUCGAGAUUGACCAGCAGUGGGACAGCCAAAAUGAGCCACUUGACUGGGGCGAUGGCGGACCUUUUGAUGAGGAUUGGGGCAAAAUGCACCGGAGGUUUCGCAAUGGUCUGCAGAAAAUGAUCGCGUACUAUGAGAACGCAGCUGGCGCAGACGCGAAUAAUAGUGAAGCGCGGGAUGAUGACGAAGAUCUCGUGGUCGUCCUGGUGACCCACCAGGCCGGCUGCAAUGCUCUUAUCAGGUUGCUGACAGCUGCACCAGCCUUGCGUGAUGUGGGCCUGUCUUCAUUGUCUAUGGCUGUGAGGAAAGAGACCCAGCAGGCUCCCCCAGAACCGUCAUCCCCAACGCGAAGAAGAGGAUCUCUGGAUUUGACCAUAUCGGAGGACUACGACAUGAAAAUCAUAGCCUCUACCGAACACCUCCGUGGCGCGUCCAACCCAUUGGGAUUGAACUCGCCGCGGCUGGGAAAGUCCCCGGCAUUUGCCAGUCGUCGAGCGGUGGGAGCGGAUUCCCCCGAGGGUUUCAGUCUCGGCGAGGCCAUGGUGCCGCGCGGCUCGGUAUCGAUGAUGCCUGGCAGGAGCAUAAGCCAGCGAUCUCAUGCUGCCGACACGACGGAUUCGUCCGAACCUCCUACCGGACUCUGGCGGCGAGGAAGUCGAUACUCCCGCGACGAGACGACCGAGUCGUCAAGUGAUGCUUUCGCCACGCCAAGUUCGCUGAGCGUCGGGCGAUCAGAAAGCAUCCAAGAGGAGUUCCCGCUCUUGAGCGGGAGUGGCAGUACCGGUGGUGCCAACGCUGCUGAGGCCAGGGGCAGUGAUGAGCAAUCGAGCUCGCCCCUUUUGCCUGUUCGUAGUGCGAGUCAGGCAGGGCUUUGGGGUGGCGAGUCUUCGAUCCGGAGGGCAAGGAGUCCCGGGAAAAGACGAUGGACAGCCGUCGAGAGAUCCCCGUGA